GUUCGGUGCGGAUCGCAGAGGCGUUAAUUGUGCGGGACAAGAAAGUGAAACAAUGGCCGAGGCUAAUAUUGAGCUGGACUUGAGCACUGCCGUGGCACCCAAGUGCGCCAAAGUGCACAACAAUAAUAACAACAGUGCCCGCUCCAGUCGGGCUUCCUCCGGAGCAGUCUCGGAUUCGGAUACCCACCGAUUCGGGUGGUGUGGAUGGAAUCCGUCGUGGCUGCAGCGCUUCUGUACCGCCAAGUGGGCUCUUUUCUGGCUCUGCUGGGGUGGUGCUCUGCAAGGUCUGAUAGUGAACGGACUGAUCAACGUGUCCAUUUCCACGAUCGAGCGUCGCUUUGGGCUGCGCUCCCGGCAGAUGGGAUUGGUAGCCAGUGGCUAUGACCUGGCCUCGUUCGCCUGCCUGGUUCCGGUAACCUAUUAUGGCGGACGGAGAGGAGCCUCCAAGCCUCGCUUCAUCGCCAUUGGGCUGAUAGUGAUGGGCCUCGGAUCGCUGGUCUUCCUGCUGCCGAACUUCCUGGUGGGCAACUACCGGGCCACCAUUGCCGAGGCGAAUGUGUGCGAGCAGUCGGGAUUGCAGUCCAACUCCAGCCAGGCAGUGACCUCCUGCGAGCUUAACGGCCUGGGCGAGGGGGAGAGUCUAACCUGGACGGUCUGGCUGUUCCUGGGGGCCCAACUGCUCCACGGAGCCGGAGCCUCGCCCCUCUUCACGCUGGGCGUCACUUAUAUCGAUGAGAACGUCUCCAAGAAGAUGUCAUCUGUUUACUUGGGCAUCUACUACACCAUGGCCACCGUGGGACCUGCGAUUGGAUACGUUUUCGGCGGGCAAUUGCUGCUUAUCUAUACGGAUUGGAUGAGCGUGGAUCCAAUCCAACUUAGCCUGACCAGCGACAGUAAGGUGUGGAUCGGAGCCUGGUGGCUGGGCUUUAUUUUCGCAGCUGCCAUGUGCCUUCUAAUCGCCCUGCCCAUUUUCGGAUAUCCGAAACUGCUUCCCGGGGCGGAGAAGCUGGAAAGGGUUUCCGAGGCGCAUGCCACCACCGCGGGUACGGAUAAGCCCAGUGAAGUGGCCAGUGGACUGUCUCAGAUUCCCCGUGCUGUACUCGGUCUGCUGGGGAACCCCACUUUCUUCUUCCUGAACCUGGCCGGGGCCACUGAGGGCCUGGUCAUAGCCGGAUUCGCCGCCUUCCUGCCCAAGCAAAUCGAAAACCAGUUUAGCAUUUCGCCCAUGCACUCCGCCCUGGUGAUGGGCCUCAUCACGGUUCCUGCGGGUGGUGGUGGCACCUUUCUCGGCGGCUACCUGGUGAAGAAGUGGAAUCUGGCCUGCAGUGGAAUCAUCAAGAUGUGCCUGAUGGCCACCGUGGUGGCGACACUUUUCACCACCUGCUUCCUGGUGUCGUGUCCAAAUCCGAAGUUCGCUGGAGUCACCGCAGGAUAUGGCCUAGGAGCCAGGAGCGAUCCACCCACUUUGGAGGCUGGAUGUAACUCCAACUGCGGCUGCAGUCGGAAGAACUAUGACCCGAUCUGCGGCAUCAAUGGCGUCAUGUACUACAGUCCGUGCUUCGCAGGAUGUGCCCAGGAGGCGCAUGCGGACAGUCUGAAGCGCUACCACAACUGCAGCUGCAUCGGAGGCGUUGGCUGGGUGGACGAGGGCGGGGCCGGCCAUCCCACCUCCGGUUCAGAGCCAGAUGCCACCAACCUGAAGUGCGACUCCACAUGCAGAAGCCUCCCGCUCUUCGUGGGCCUCUGCUUCAUCCUGAUGGUCUUCACGUUCCUCGCCACAAUGCCCGCUUUAUCGGCCACAUUGAGAUGUGUUCAGGAUGACCAGCGAUCCUUCGCUCUAGGCCUCCAGUGGAUCAAGGUUCGAUUGUUGGGCACCAUACCAGCUCCACUAAUAUUCGGAGCACUGAUCGACGAGAGUUGCAUUUUGUGGCAGGAGUCCUGCGAUAAGGAGGGUGGAGGAGCUUGUCUCGUCUACGACAAUUUCUAUAUCAGCCGCUAUAUGUGGAUAUUGGCGUUGAUCUGCAAACUGGGUUCUGUGGUAUUCUUCUUGUGCGCCUGGUGGUUUUAUGUGCCACCCAGUAAGGCCUUAAAUGCAAAAGGCAAGGAAGACGUUAAUUGAGGACUGACCACAACAACAAUCGAACUGAAACUUAAAAUAAUAAUCCAGCCAGUCAUGUGGCUCAUAUUGUGGCUCAUCAUUAACUGGCUUUAACCAAUUAAUUAUGGACUUAAGGAAUCUUAUAAGAUAUAACAUUAGCUCUUCGCAACAUCAUUUUCCAUUUGACCUAACUAAUAAAAGUAUGUGUGUAGCUUUAAAAUCGAAA